UAUACUCGAGUGUCGUCGAUGAGUAACUGAAAAGGCACUCACCACGAGCUGAAAGUGUUUCGUCUGUUUUUUCCCUCAAUUUCUUGUGUUUUAUGAUUAAAAAUGCCGAAAAAGACCAACGAAUCCCAACGGGGCGGUCGCAAAUGGGACGACAAGCAUUAUUUCGUACACGACGAUCGUGUGCAAAGAAGUGCAGACACAGAGAUGAAACAAUUCAGUGGGAAUAGGCCUAGAGUAUCAUUCAAGAACCAAACUCACUCGCGCAAUGAGAGGCGUCUCUCGAGAAAUUUGGAAAAGGCUAUGAAAAUGAGUCGCGACGAUGACGUUCCCAUGUCGUCAGGGCCGAAUAACAAUGGACAAACUAUGAUGUUUCGUGGCUAUGGAAGGGGAGUUGGUCUCAGAGGACGAAAUAGUCCGGUUUCUAGGUCAUCGAGACAUCCAGUUGUCUUGAACAGGGCCAAGCAGGGGCCCAUUGGUGAUGCCAACUGGUACAAAGUGGUCAUACCAUUUGGCAGCAAAUACGAGAAAGACUACCUCAUAAAUACCCUAGCGAGCCACAUGGAGACCCCAUUCAUACCCAUAAUGUAUAAAGCCUUUGACAAGGACAUUGUAUUCUUCAUCGAUGAUCAGAAAAUAGCAAAUAAACUACUACAGUGUGACAGACGAAUCACAGGUCCCGAUGGCUUCAAAAUAGCUGUGAGAGUUAGACCUGGCUUUCCCCAAGUUGAUAUCGACGACUCACUCAAGGAGAAAAUGAAAAUGGCUAUGGCUAAGAGAUACGUGGCUGAGACCCAUGCCAUCGAUCUUUCACGAUUUCAUGCCGAUCCAGAGCUCGCCCCUGACCAUUUCUGCGCUCUCUUUAGACCGGCCAUGCUCAUGGCUGUGCUUGAUAUCGUUGCUGAGAAUAUUCCCAACUUGGAAGCCUUAAAUUUGGAUAAUAAUAAGCUGCAUGUCAUUGAGAGGCUCAAUGUGCUGGAUAAAAAAUUCCCAAGUUUGAAAACUUUGUACAUGGGAGAUAACAAGAUAAGGGAAAUGAAUCAGAUUGAUGUCAUCAAAGACUUGAAACUCAACGAGUUAAAAUUAUCUGGGAAUCCGGUUUGCAACAAGUACAGAACAAGGCAGGAUGAUUAUGUCAGUGACGUGAGGAAAAGAUUCCCGAAGCUCCAGAGAUUGGAUGGAACAGAUUUGCCAGCACCAAUUCUUUUCGACGUAUCAGAUGAUUCCAUCAAACUACCACCAACUGAGAGAAUUUUCACUGCUAAUCCGAAGGCCCAAGAGAUUGCAAAUCAAUUUUUGCAGCAGUACUUUAUGGUCUUUGACAGUGACUCACGUCAACCACUGCUGAAUGCAUAUCAUGAACACGCGUGCUUCAGCUUGUCCAUCACUCCUUGUCCAACAAUGAAUAAGUUCAGUUCUUACACUGCUGAUAAUAGGAAUUUACUUCGUUCGGCCGAUCCCACAAGAAGAAGAAAAUUGUUGAAGCAGGGUAGAUUGCCUGUUGUGACUUACAUCUCCGAAAUGCCAAAGACCCAUCAUUACUUGAACAGUUUCACCAUGGAUAUUGGACUUGUCACAGACGCCAUGAUGCUAAUUACCAUCACUGGAUGCUUCAAGGAAAUCGAUACAAAAGAAAAUUUUAUUCGUUACUUCCACCGUACUUUCGUCAUCGUUCCCGAGGGCACUGGCUACUGCAUACGAAAUGAGCAGCUCCACUUGUCUCAUCCAACAGCUGCUCAAGAGAAACAACUUGUUAACGAAACCCCCAGCUUGCAAGCUCCAACGCCAGUACCAGUGCCAUCAACUUCAGCAGCAGUAGAUCCAUCAGAUCAGGUGAAACAACAAAUGACAUUGACCCUAAGUCAGCAAACCAACAUGAACUUGGAGUGGAGCCUCAAAUGUCUCAAAGAGGUACAAUGGAACUUCGAUAACGCGUUAGCAGCAUUUCAAGAAUUCUUUAAGCGUGGACAAAUUCCGCCGGAGGCAUUUAAAAAGUAGAAUUAUCAGGUUCACAAUUUUUUAAUUUCUAUGCAACGAUUUUUUUUCAUGUUCGAUGAGGAAAAAUAUUGUGAUAUAUGAAAACAGGUCCGUGACUGGUGUUCACGAACAGUAAACAAAAUAUCAUGGGAGGCAUGAACUUAGUAGGCUUCGAAAAUUUAAGUUCUCUUGAUAUGCCCUUGGCUGUCCUUUUUUAAUUAAAAUUUUAAUAUCAGAAACUAGUGAUUUGUUUCACUUAAAUUUAUGAUGAAUUCACUGGCAAGUACGUUAGGGUAAUUACCACAAAUGAUCUUUGUGGGUGACUGUAAAUUUAGAAAGAUGAAAAAUAAAUUCCUAUUCUUGUGGAUAUGACAGAUUGAGAGGCUUUUGAGGGCUCUUCUAGCACUCCAAGACUGAUUAACAGUCGUAUAUGGUAGUCGUAUUUAAUGAUUGCUGGUGAGGUACAAGGGCACUGGCUUUCCUCUUUAUCCCUUCAUCUGUAAUUACAUCCUUUUCGGACAUUAUUUUUGUAAUCAAUUCACUAGUGAUCUGGCAGCAAUCAUUGAAUAUAUUAGCAAAUCAAUUGAUGAAAUUUUGUUUGAAGAGUGAAAAUGCAUUGAGGAUAAAUAUCUAAUUGUUCUAUUCAUGAAGAAAAAUAUCUUCUGGCAUUUUGUAUAUUUUGACUCGUUAGGUAUUUAUCAUCAAUCGCUGAGAAAAUUUAACUUUAUGUCAAUCGAUUGACGAUAUAUUUUAAGUUAGUUCAUGAUUAAUUCAACUUACUUUACGAGUCAGCUGAAGAUCUCUCAAUAUAUGAACUUGGCGAUUAGAAGACGUUAUGUGAAAUCAAAUUCUUUGUCGAGUAAGUGAAAAAUAUCCUUCAAGUUUAUUUGAAUUCGUACAGAAAAUAAAAGUGCUCAGGAAAAGCAAAUGCCCUUAGAAUUGGAAGUGAAGAUGGCUGAAUUGUCUCAGAUCUCCAUUCUCUCCUUAAACCUGCAAAACAAGUGAUCAAUAGAUCCUGCAGGUUGUCGACAUCAAUCUUAUCAGCAAGUUUAUGUGGCGCACUAUCAACCUGUAAAUGUCUAUCGAGCUUCGGAUCCUUCAAGUGUACUUGUUCGGUCCAUCAAGAGAAGCUCGAAGCUCUAAUGAUGCUACAUCAUUGGAUGGUGCUUGUAAUCUUACUCUUGCGUCUAAGAGUCUGACUCUUGCAUUUGUCACAAAAUGAGAUUGAAUACAACAUUUAAGAAGUGAUAGAAGUUAUAAAAUCGCCUGGAAGUCAUUCUCACAUUGGAGACCGUUGAACAGCGUCUCUUAGAUCAUGAGAGUGUCAAUCAUCAUUCUCAACGUGAAGAAUACUUCUGAAAAAUAUUCUCUCGUCUAAAGUUUCCCUCCAACAGAAGAGACAUGGGGUGUCUGUGAUUUUCCUGAAGUGAAGUACAACAGUCGAGUUAAUAAUUUUUAUAAUCAUCAGAAAUGAUCGGUGAUUUCUCUGCAGUAAAAGAAAAGUCUUACCGGGAGAAGUAGAUGUAGCUUGAGGACAAGGAAUUUGAUUCCGCUAACGUCUAUCUAUCGUUCUAACAAUGAUAUUGCUGCUGAGCUUGCUGAACUCGCAUAUUUACUUUUUUUGUUCUUUUCUCUUGUUUUUUUACUUAAAAUUAUGUGUAAUGUGCAGCACUAAUUGAAAAAUUACGAUAUUAUUCUACAAUGUAAAGCAUUCUCGAAGUUCAGUGAGAACUACUGGAGAAAAUAAUGACCAUUUUUUCUAGUUCUUACGGAAUAUUUGUGAGUUGUUCUCGAGUUCUGGAGUGGAGUGUCAGAUGGUUUAAUUUAAUAAAUAAGUAUUAGAUUAAGGCUGGGUGGGAAAAGUAAUUGAAAGAUUGUACGAAAUUUUAGUUUGUAUGUCCUUGUUCAUCAACUAUUUUUUCUCUUCUUUUUUUUUAUUAAAAUGUACAUAAAACUUUUGGAGAUAAGAUAACAAACACAGAGUGUCUAUUUGACUACACUAUACUGUCGGGCAUACCAAUUGGUUGCAAACUGGUGAAACUGUAUCUUACAAAACAAAAGAACAAAAUGAUAAGAUGAUGCAAUAAAUUGAAAUAAAUUAACUUUCCAUAAA